AUGAGGUCUCCUUGGAUUCCUGAUGAGAAUAUGCCACUUUCCCCUUCAUCACAAAGCAGCGAUGGCGAUGGCCAUGCUUACUCUGGCCAACUGCCAAUACACCAGAUGUCAAAUCUUGGAUCUCCUAAGCCGCCUAUAACCCUGGAGGACAAUUGUAUCGUGGAACCGCUUCUUGAUCCAGCAUCUCUUGAGACUACCCUUUCCUCUCUACUCCCUCAUGACCAACUUCACAGACAACAGCGUACCGGGAAAGCACUUCAAGAUGGUUGGAGAGAGGGGGAUAUUUCAUUUCUGCCAACCUACAAAUACGACAUCGGAACCGCAGGCACAUUUGACUCGAGUGAAAAACAACGUGGGCCAAGCUGGUGCGAUCGAAUCCUAUUUCGAACACGGCGUGAUCGUUUAGAAUAUAAACAGAAGGUUAAAGAGGCUGAGGAAGCAAAGAAAAGAGACGAGGAAAUGAAGGCUCUUGGUCUAGGACUGGGAGCGGAAGAAGAUAACAUUCUUUUUGACUACGAUCCGGACUUAGAUGGCGCCAACGAUUAUAACGAGCAAGAAGAUGUGGGGGAUCCUAUAAAUCCUUCUUGUGAUGGUCAGGCGGAACCGAAAGACACGAUCCAGAUGCUUUAUUAUACAUCACAUCAAGAGAUCGUGUCAUCCGACCAUAAGCCGUUGGAUGCGGAAUUUAUUCUCAAUUUUGAUGCCGUCGACCCGGAGCUGAAGGCCAAAAUCCAUCAGGAAGUUGUUCGGGAAAUAGACAAAGCAGAAAACGAGUGUCGUCCGGGGGUGACAAUUGUUGUAGAAAAUCAACCAGAGAAUAAUACGGGGGACAACGAAACGACUUCCGUUGCGAAUGAUCCGAAUGCUGUCAACUUUGGUCAAGUACGAUACGAUGUUCCCGUGUCGCGAAACUUGACUAUUGCAAAUACAAGUGGGGCCCCGGCAACGUUGAAUUUUCAUUAUCGGCCUUCAGGCAAAGGAGGAGAAGGAAGUUCGACUCCUUCCUGGUUUCAUAUUCGGGUAGAUGCAUAUCCUGAUGGUGAUGGCCAACAUCCAAAAGAUCACCAGGAGUACACACUACAGCCUGGUGAAACGAUGAAUGUACAGCUAAUUCUAUGUAUAUACGACAUUAAUUAUGUCCGAGAUCUAAAUAAAGGGCGGGCGAAAAUCGAGGACAUAUUAGUUUUACAACUCACUAACGGGAGGGACUACUUCAUCCCGGUAUACGCUUGCUGGCUUCCGACAUGCUUUGGCUUCUCUCUAGAUGAGCUUACGCGGAUGCCUGAAAAUGGGGCUCGACACCUGGAUAUCAACGGUCAAUGGUUACUCUCAAGCGAAAGUCAUGAAGUCGAAGGUAGCCGUGUAUCAGCUCCUCGUGAACUGUUCAGAUUGACAGACGCGAUAGCUGAGCUUACCGAACGAGCUGUCGCGGAGUGGGGAAAGUUUGGGGAUAAAAAUUCCGAAACCGAUCCACCGCCUUGGGAUUCUGAGAUAACAGGUUGGCCGUUCGAAGAGAAAACAUGGGCCUUGACAGAUAAUCACGAACGAUAUCAUCUGCUUUCCUGCACCCGAGAUGCCCUAGACACUAAUGCGUCUCUUACAUCCGUAUUUCCCCCUGAGCUCCCAUGCCAAUAUAAGGUCGAACUCCUGUCAGAGACGCUCCUAGCAUUUCUCAAAUCAAUUCAUGGGCGCAUGGUCACCGCUCCACUCUGGCGCGAAUUAGAGCUGCUGCUAAUAAGCAACGAAAAGUCCAAAUCCCCAUCGUUAUCUUCUGAACAGUCCCAAUCACGAAUCCUCGAAGUACUCUCCUCCUCCCCUGUCCACAGCGUCUCUUUCACCUUCCUCACCUUCAUGCUAAAUCGUAUCAUCAACAAAAUAGCCCCUUCCUCAACUACCGUCGCCCAAUCAACAACGGAAUCCCCGAUCACGCCCCUGAGCGGCCGGUCAAUGUCGGAAAACUCCCUUUCCGAGCCCCUCUCAUCAACACCAGCUUCUCCCACUUCAGUCACCUCAAGUUCUGCAUCCGCACCCUCGACACCACAUUCUCUCCAAACAGCGGUGUUCUAG